AUGGCUCUGGUUAUUCCAGUUGAGAUCUGCGACAUGGUUGUUGAUCAUGUAACAGCAGCUGAAAAGGAGUACUCGUUACGCGACAUCUUUCCCCAUGCGGUUGAGCGUAUAGCUCGAGCAGCACUCAUGAGCUUACGCCUGGUGAGCCGGAACUUCUGUGCUGCGGCCUCGCGCCAUCUGUUCCAACACAUUGUAGCCCCGACCGACACUGAAUCCUCGGUGCGCGGCCGUAACCCCCUACUGCGCUUGGUUGAAAUUUCAAGAAGCGAAUUGGCCGGACAUGUCCGCCAUUUAGAGACUGGAUACGGCCGAUGGGGGCACUAUCAAAGCCCAUCGCGCGGCCAAGAUAUCCAGGAUCUUGCCGGGCUGUUAUUGCCUUGUCUUACUCAACUGUCCGAUCUACGUGUUCUGAAAUUCAGAGCCUCGUGCAAGUCUUUGACACGCGACCAAGAAGGGACUGCUAUCAAAGCAAUUGUUACUGCCCUGCGAUAUGUGCCUCUACCCCGUUUGGAAGGGCUUGAGAUUUUCUUCCCCGUAGCCUAUGACUUUGGCUUCUUCUUCUCAAACCAGUCUACUCCAUUGCAUAUUCCCAUGGAGAAUAUACUGCGCCGCCUGAAAUAUCUAGCUUUGCAUGUCACUGCGUUUACGAAACAGCAGGGACAGCGAUACUGGAGAUCCUCCGUACUCCCUGCGCACGCCGCCCUGCCAAAUGACUUGCACGCGGUCAAUCUCCUCAGAUUAGUCGAGCUGGCCCUACGUCUAGAAGUGCUCCGGAUCACCAGUACAGACAUUCUCCCUUUCUACACUAUCCACUUCAGCCCAGCGGUGGGCCUCACCUCUCUAUGCCUCGAACGAGUUCUCAUCACGUUUGACCACUUCAGCGCGCUAAUAGACCAAUGCAAAGACUACCUCGAGCACAUCGAGCUAUCCUUGGUACAGCUGUAUUCUGGCACCUGGUACACGGUCCUAACGUAUCUACGCCAUUUACCGCAUCUUAUAGACGUUUCCAUCGGCUCGUGCGGGUAUCCGCCCACCGGUCCAAAUGCAGAUUUGGUUGGGAUCCUCCCAGAGCCGGAUGACCCCAAACCGCUCGAGACAAUGGAUUCCGAGGACUAUGAGGGACUGUAUGGACUGAGAGAGUUUGUUAAUAGGAAUCGAGUUGCGCUGGGACUCGAGCCCUUCGAGCGUACUGAUUCUCGCUGGUUCUAG